AUGGAGUCAAAUUCGAUCUACAAAGCACUUGACCCGGAAGACAAGCAGAUCCGACUAAUCAGAAUCGAUUCGGGCCUUGAAACAGCGCAGAUGACAGUCACUCUCGAAAUCGCGAGUCUUAAGGACAAGCCGUCGUUUGCGGCGCUAUCAUACGUUUGGGGCGACCCAUCUAUCACUGAAGAGAUCUCAGUCAACAGCCACACGAGCCGCGUCACGGACAAUCUGGCCGCCGCAUUGCGCCACAUAUUCAAGCAACAGGAAGUCAUCACCAACGCUCAACAGCAGCAAUCAGGACGCACUGUACAGCCUAUCUCACGCCUCUGGGCCGAUGCACUCUGUAUUAAUCAGAAUGAUAUCGAGGAACGCAGCCAGCAAGUGGCCAUGAUGGGCGAGCUCUACUCCUCGGCAUCUGUGGUUCUUUCGUGGCUGUCUUCCGUGGACGGCGAUCUGCCCUUCACCUUUCAGACGCUCGACAGCAUAUUUCGCGAAGUUGAGAUUGAAAACAGUGGCGAGUUUGAAGCUGUCGUUUCUCGUCCACAAUGGGUGCGUAAGUAUGCUGUCUUCGCCCGGCCACGGAUGGACGAUUGGGUACGUGGUUUCAAAAACUUGGCUGAGCUGCCAUACUGA